CGCAAUUUAAUGAUAUUUUAGGGGGGGAUCUGAUUUAAAACCCGUCUCGUGUCUAAACCCCGCCCACGCAUAACCCGUGUCACACGGAAGUACGUCACACCACUGAAGCUAAAGAUGCUUCAACUGCCGUUUCACUGUGACUUUAACAUUAAGUUGUACUCUGUGGCAAACUUUGGCCACACCUAGAUCCUGUCCCAUUUCCACACACACACACACACACACAAAAAAAAAAGCCUGCUUUUUUUUUUUUUUUUUUUAAUUUAUUUAUUUUUUUUCUGGUGCGUUUGUUUGUGUGUCGGCGAGUCCCGGCGGUGUAACCGGAGAGGGGCCUCAGAGAGGGAAUGCAGGACUGCAAUGGAGCACAAUGCAAUACAGUGGUUGGGUGCUCCCUCCUGCCAGCGAGGCAGCUAUGCCUUCUAUAAGUCGGUGAGCAGCAGAGCUCAACCCGACGGGCCCGUCCAGGUGUGGAGGCUCGGGGAGUUUUACUUCAUCCGCUGUGGACCCCAGGAUCCUGUGUGCAUCGCAGAGGUGACCUUGCUGUGGGAGGACCAGACACGCCGCCACCUGCUGGCCAGCGCCAGACUCUACUUCCUGCCCGAGGACACGCCGAAGGGCCGGACCAGGGAGCACGGAGAGGAUGAAGUUCUGGCAGUGUCCAGGAAGAUGGUGGUGCGGGUGGAGGACCUGGUGCGGUGGUCGUGUGCGGAGCCGGCAGGUUGGAGCAGCAGCCUGAAGCCGCCGCCCUGCGGGACCAACGGCCUCCACAGACCUCUACAGAGCAGUGAUGGGAACAGCAGCAACACGCCCAACAAGAGCAGCGAGCCGCUCAGAGACAAAACAGAGAACAACCUGGUGGAGCGUCAGGGCGUCAAAGUGCUCAGCUACCCGCAGUACUGCCGCUUUCGCUCCCUGCAGAGACGCAUCCAGGGCGGAGCGAGGGGACCGGGGCUGCAGGACCCCCUCUUGCUGGCCCUGGGGGGCAUCAAGGCGCUGCCCAACACCCGGUUCAUGUACUGCAGGGACACCUUCAACCACCCGACGCUGGAGAGCAGCGCCAGCUUCUCCUGGCAGUUCAGAUGUCCGUCUCUCAGUCUUCGAGGACGACCUCGCAAGAGGAGAACUCGAGAUGGCAAAGACUCCCUGAACUCCAGCCAAUCAGAGUCCUGGAUCGAGAGGAUGAAGGAGAACGUGAUGGGCAGCGUGGAGGUCGGCUGUGAGGGCAGCUGGCUCCCCCACCCCGAAGAGCAGCUGUUCCUGGAUCAGCUCUUCGCCUUCAUGGACCGUCAAGGCUUACCCAUCCACAAAGUUCCCAACCUCGGCUUCAAGAAGAUUGACCUCUUCCUCAUGUACUCUGUGGUCAAGCGGCUCGGAGGCUACAAAAAGGUGACGUUGGACCGCCUGUGGAAAGUGGUUUAUAACGAGCUGGGAGGAUGCCCCGGCAGCACCAGCGCUGCUACCUGCACCAGGAGACACUACGAGAGGCUGAUGCUUCCUUAUGAAGAGCACCUCAGGGCAGGAGGAGUAGAAUUCAAAGUCCCAGAGUCCCCCAUGCCUCCAAAACCAAGAGGGAUAAGAGGAAGGAAACCACUUCCGAGAGGCAGAAAACCAGGACCCAAAGCCAAGGAGAAGAAGAUUACAGCCCCUGCUGCUCCUCCUCCUCCUCCUCCUCCUCCUCAUACUAUGGUGAACCCGAACGGCACCGUGGUGGUGAAGAGAGGCCGAGGCCGGCCGCCGGGCACGCGCAACAAGGCGACGCUGAUCGCUCAGGCGAAGCUGCUGGCUCAGCAGCAGGCUAAAGCCAAAGCAGCAGCCGAGUCUCAGCAGCAGCAGAGUCCUCUGCUUCCAGCCAGAGGUGGAGGUGGACCGACGCCCGGCAGCACACACAGGCCCAUCCAGCCGGCUGUCCUGCCUGUCAACAUGCCCCUCACCCCCGACCUCUCCCCCAUGUCCGCCCCCUUCCUCCCCUUCCAGCCCAAACCGAAGGAGCUGAAGCCGGACAGGGUGGAGUCUGCGGCUCCUGCUCCGGAUGUGCUCCUCCCCACUCUGCCUCGCCACUUCAUUGGAGGAUCUCUGGGCGGCUUCAGCCCCAUCAAAGGCGUAUGUCCUCUGGAUGUCUUCAGGAACCGCAUCAGCCUCCACAGAGGCCUAGAGAGCCCGGCCCUGACGCCUCAGGAUCCCAGCCAGCACCAUCCGACCGUCUACACCCUCCAGCCCAAAAGCGGUAGCCCGGAUACCCCUCAUCCCAGCGGGGACCAGCCUCAGCCUCAGCUCCACCAGCAACACAACCGCUGCUCGGGGUGUGACGAGGGAGCCCAGAGAGGAGGAGGCAGGAACCGUCCUCCUCUGCCCCCUCUCCGGGUCCUGCCUUUGAACCUGGACUGCAGCGUUCAGGUGUGCCAGCUGAUGAGGACUCAUCUGGGCUCGUCUCAGUUCCAGACCUUCACCCGCCGACUGUCUGAGGCUCUGUCUCAGGACCUGAGCGCCAAGCCCCCCUGCUCUCCCAUCACCCCUCCCCCCGAGCAGGCGCUGCCUCUCAACCUCAGCAAACGCUUCACGGCGAAGAGAUCCAGCACAGAGGGACCAGAGGCGAGUCCAGCGGCGAUCAACGGAAACACAGAUCAGCCGUCAUUCAAGAGACCCAGAACCGGCUGCACGGAGCAGGCCGAGGACUUCAGCCCGGGUGACCGGUCUGGCUCUGGAGGAAGUGUCGGAGGAGGAGUAGGAGAGCAGGAUGCGGAGAUGAAGAACCAGGAGGAACCCGCAGACCUGAGCUCUCCCAGCAGGAUCAGGGCCUUCCUGCUCGGGCUGCCACCCUUCCAGGUGAAAUUCGAGGAGGAUCUGAAUGGGACGAGGUUCGGGAAGUUUCUUCCUCCAGGAUCUAAGGCUGAACCUCAGCGGACCGAGACAGAGAAAGGAGAGGGAGGAGUGGCAGUAAAGAAAGAAGUAACGAAGGAGGAGGUGGUUGAAAUAGAGCGACGUGAAACUGAGAGGAGCAACAAACUACAGAAGCUGGAGCAGGAGGAGAAAGAUCCCAUCCACCUCUCCGGUCCUGGCCCAGCGGAGCUGAAGAGAGCCGGGCCCUCAAACACUGACACACACUGUUUUUAGCAUUAUUCCCUCGGUUGAUAUUAGCGUUUUGUAAUCAGACGUCGGGGAUUUGUCGGUUUUGCAAUCUGGAAAGUUGUAUCCACCGCGGGGCUUAGGGUUGGCUUUGGACGCCGGAUGCUUCAGCGGUUGAUCCAGCUCAGGUUAAAGCCUGAAUACGCGAAACAGGGAGGUUUCUUUUCUUCAUCUUUGAGAACAUUUGAACUCGCAACGUAUUUCUUGUUUGUUUGUUUUUUGUUAGUUUUUUUCUGGUCUUCGAUCACGUCGUUGAUUGAACUUUGCAGAGGAAUGACGACACACGAGACUCAUGACAAUCACAAAUCAGUUUCUCUUCCUUUCUCUGUCGAUUUCUGUCUCUUUAAGGUAAAAAAAAAAAAGAAACAGAGGAGUGAGACUGUGACUCUUUAACAAACACUGCCAUAACCCCAUAACACUAUAAACUCCACUAUUCAAUGUUAUGGUGAAAUAUUGAAUAAGAUCCAUAUUACUUAAAAUAUAAAUCAAUUACAUCUAUGGGUGAUGCUAUGCAUCAAGACUUCAUUAAUUAGUAUCUAGAGUGUACUGUAGUCUGGUAGUUUCAUUUUUAAAUUGUACUCUACUUCUGUAGAGUUAUUUUCUGAUAAAGUGUCUAGAUGUUAUCUGGAGCUCUGAGUGAAAAGCUCCUCAGUCUUCACGUUAUAGCUCGUUAAGUGAAGCGUUUCUAUAGUCUGCUCGUUAGCUGAAAAUAUAUAAACUUUUCUUACACAUAUGUGCCUUAAAUGGCCUGCGAUCUGUUUCAUCGCUGGCUUCAAAUGCUUUCAGUUAAAGAGAUACCUUGAUGUUGGACCUGUUUAGUUUUACUUCACUCCUCAGCAGGGCUGGGUGUCUUUUUUGAAAUACUAGUGUGGAUACGAUGAGUGUUUUGUUACUUUGAGAAAUAUAAACAAACUACAGAACUUUGAACAAAAGAAGCCAAACUUCUCAAAUUUGAAAUGUCGUAAUAUUAGUAGUUAAAACUGGUAAAAUGUAGGUUUAAAUCAAGAACUCUCUGAUCCGAGAAUAAGUCCGACCAGACGUUCGAUGCCAGCUCUCAGUGCGUGAGUUUUUGAUACUCGGUGCUGCUGAUGCCCAGCCCUGCUGUUUGCGUUGUAAAGACCACCGUGGCCACGUGUCGGCGCCGUCGUCUUGCCGUCAUCACUACCACUGUUCGGGGUUGUUCAACCAAUAAGAAGUCACAUCAGCGCAGGAAGAAGAACUGUGUGUGGAGAUCAUACAUGAACAUGUAGCCCAAACAUUCAGACUACCUCAGGCUUUUAUUUUAUUUUAUUAUUAUUGUUGUUAUUUUGUUUCAGGGCGGUAGAGCCUAUCCCAGCAUGCAUUUGGGUAGACGGCAGGGUUGGAUGCUAGUCCAUAAACACAGACAGACACACUUAAACCCCAUUGCCACUUGGUAUUAAAGGAUAAGGCUGGUGGUGUAAUAUAUUUUUAUGAAAAGACCAAAACCAACAAUUUGUUAGUCCGUCUCUCAGUACUUCCUCACUUCCUGUCUGCGGCUCUCAGUAGGAUACAUUUAAUGUUGGUUUUUGGUCUCUUCUUAAAAUUUGUUCACAAUAAGACAAAUAUCACCAGAAUUACCCUUUUUAAAUCUUCAAUCUGUAUCUGGAUACAUCUCGUACGCAUGUACCCCUGGUAUAUAAACAAGCGCUCUCCUUGUCUCCGUUCAGACCUCAUUGUGAUCGGAUCUCAAAUUAGGUGCAAAGCAGGUAGGCAGACGGCGAACAUGGCUAGUCUCAGGUGAAGAGAAGUUACGCUGCUGUUUGGGCUCUACUUUGCAGAGGAAGGGCUCAUCUGUAGCUGUUAGACGGGCAGCUCGACGUAGCAGGAAGAGGUGGAGGUAGUUGACCUUUCAACUUUUUUGAUAUUUUGGGAAGUACACUUAUUCGCUUCCUGGCUGAGAGUUAGGUGAGAAGAUUGAUACCGCUCAUGCCUGUAUGGUAAAUACAAAGCUACAGCUAGCAGCCAAUUAGCUUAGCUUAGCACAAAGACUGGAAACGGGGGGAAAUAGCUAGCCUGGAUCUGUCCAAAGGUAAAAAACCAACACCUCUUAAACUCACUAAACACACAAUCUGUAAAAAUGACAAGUUGUAGUUUUUCGGAGGGGUCAUGUACUGGACUAUUUGUUGAAGAAAUCCGACACAUAACCCCCCUGCAAAACCGCAAAUUGUUGUUUUUCCUUUACGUUUUUGUACAGAUUAAACAAACGAGGUUGUAAUAUUUUAAUCAGUGAGCUUUAGAGGUGCUGUUAAGUGGAUUUCGUUACUUUUGGACAGAGCCAGGCUAGCUGUUUCCAGUCUUUGUGCUAAGCUAGGCUAACAGUCUCCUAGCGGUAGCUUCAUAUUUAGCGUACAGACAUGAGAGUGGUAUCGGUCUUCUCAUCUAAUUCUCGCCAAGAAAGCUAAUAAGCAUCUUUCCCCAAAAUGUCAAACUGUUGCUUUAAGAAUGUGGCCAAAGACGUCAUUUACACCUGGCUGAGAUCCGAUCAUAUUCUAACGUGAUUUUUUAUUUUUAUUUCCCCCCCCCCGAAUCCAGAUAAGAUAUCCAGAUACAGAUCGUAAAUGUUAAUGCCAGGUGAAAGUAAGAAAGAAAGGAAUCGAACCCGCAGCAUUCACUCCGCUUCACCAAAGAACGUGUUGGCGAUUUUUGUAUUUUUUUUUUCUCCACGUAAACCAAUCCGCUGCUCCACCCGGCUUCUUCCUCUUCUCGUCUUAAGUGCCAACAUAAAACGCCGACGAAAAAAAAACACCACGCGUAGCUGAAAGUAAUGUAAAACGUCAAGGUAUCGCUUUAAUCGCAGCCUUUUUCAACUCGUCUCUGUUUGUUUUCUGCCACGGACAGACGUUGGUUCAGAUUUGCACACCUACUGUACCCACUCGCUUAAUUUUGUUUUUCCAUAUUUAUAUUUGCCAUGUUUUUUGUUUCUCUCUGCCAGCGUUUCGUUAUUUUACCAGUAGUAGUGGAAUCAACCACGACACCGAAAUUAACUGGUGCUGUUUAUUCUCAGUCAUGUAGCUGUUGCCGCAGUGUUGCCGUUUUGUUUUUUAUCGAUAAGGCAGCAAAUUCUUUUCAUCUCAGCAAGUCGUCAAAUCUUGACUUCAGUCUCAAAACAGCUUCGAAAACUAAAGUGAAACGUUUCUCGCAGCAGAUUUAUUUGUCCAGAGAGUUUUUAAAGAAAAUAUUUUAAAGAACUAAAUUAAAAAAGACACCGUGACUUGUUAUGAACAUAUUUGCAGUUUGAUGUGAGACAGAUAUGAAUUGUUUGUGAAUGAAUGCAUGAGUAGAGACGCGUAUACUCAGUAGAUCAUAUCUGGGCAGAUGCACCAAAGCACAUGUACUCCACCUGAACUCAAACCUCCUCCGUAACCUUUCUAUAACGUUUAUCAUUAUGUUGAAGUCAGAGUUAUCGUUAGUAUUUCAGGAUAUUAUAAGUCAUUAUUUUACUGCUAUGGCAGAUGAUCCUGUUUGCUUAAAAAAAAAAAAAAAUGUCACUUUUAACGGUAAUGUCUGUUUUCUCCUUCGUUCAAGGGGAGAAAUGACGGUAAAACGCUUCUUCCUUUUUGUGACUUUUCUUAAUCGGCCGUUUUCAUCAAUGCAGUACGAUGUAUCUCGCAACAAGAUAAAUGUAUAUUUUGUGUCUCGCUCCGCUUCGUCCUGUCUGUAAACCUCUUUUUAUUUAUUAAGGUGAGGUGUUUCUGAGCGCGCUCAGUCCGUUGUGCAGCGCUGCCCUGCGUCACUGACGCUCGAGCGGCGAAGGCCUCGGCGUGCUUCAAAAGGAAAGAGUUCGUACGACCACGUUCAGUUAAAAGUGUUUGUAGCGCCGUCUUUUUCCACGACUACGUCUUGCGGCGUUGAAGGUGGAAUCAAACGGGGACGACGGCGCGCGCUUUCAGUCUGUGCUCGAAAGCAUUCGUGGUGUUGCACUCGUUUUUUUCACACCACCACUUGAGUUCAAACUGACCAAUCGCAGCACGAAUUGGACUUGGUUGUUUGAUUUGUCAGUUUUGGAACGAUAAAAUAAACGUGGGACCGAACUCCAGCGGGGUUUCAGACGUAUGUGCUUCAACUAAACCCCCGCUUCUUCUUCCCGCCAUUGGAAUUGACAGUUCGCCAAAUAACUGUCGCUACGCCUGUCGAGCUUUCUUACAUUUGGACGGAAACUUGGCUAACGAUAACGGAGGCAGAUUGGUGGCCCGUGGACGUCACAUUGAGAUGACGUCACGGAAAUAAAAAUAGCUUUUCAAGGCCCUGGGAAAUCAAUACAAAGAUUUUUUUAUAAAGGAGGUCAACGCUUUUCGUGGAUAGUUUCGUUGCAGUACCGCGGAGCGGCCACUGGGGCAAAUUGUCAGCAAGUUGCCGUGUCCAGCUCGCGUAACACAUCCAUGGGCGAGAACGGGGUUUGAUCUCUCUUUUCUAUCCUCUACAUAACUGCUUCUGUCACUUCACGUGUGAACAAGUGCGACGCCGCGAACGUCUUAAAGUGCGACGGCAGGCCUCUCACCCUUCGAUUGCGGCUGCAACACUUUUGCCUCCAGACGGCACUUUGUACGAACGAGAUCGUUUCCAGUAAACCCCGGCUCUUAACGCUCUGGCGCUGGGAGCGUCCCGGUCAAACCACAGCUCCACUGGACCAGUUUUAUCUCGGAGGGUCUCAGUCCGACUCCCCUGAACGUUUUGCCUUAGUUUUAUUUUUCCUGCGUUGCUUUUAUGUCGAUGGCCACCUGCCGCUGAGGGCUGACGAGCGGAGAUCUUCUAGUUUAGAGUUGAGCAGCAUGUAGUAGUUUUUCUUCUUUGGUUAUUUAAGCUUUAGUUUGUAAAGGUUUCUUUUAGGUAUAAUUUCUUUUUUUUUUUUUUUUCUCCGUUUGAUAAAGUUUAAAGAUUUAAACGUUUACAUUUUGUUAUGCAUGUUCAAACAGAUUUGUUAUAUCCGGUGUUUUGCACACUACUUCAGCAUCAGUCUUGAACGGCACUGUUCAUUAAUGUAAAGUACUUAAAAUUAAGUGCCUGAUACUUAAAAGUGAAAAUUGGAGUUGAUAUUUGUAAGCAAAUGAAAGUUACAUUUGCUCAUUAGUCUUCAUGCCAUUAACUUGAACGGCGGCUCCUGUUGUUGUGUGAUGUUUUAUUGUGUUUAAAGCCUCCGCAGGCGGUUUGAUCACACGAGGGGAGAUUAUCUUGUUGGGGAAAAAAAAGCGACGGCACGACCGCUCGCUCGGCUCCACGACGUCUGCCGGAGCAAACUGGACCUACAGGACUCGACAACAGGGACGCCUGGUGGCCAUCAGAGCCCUCGGUGAAGUGAUUCACGCAGUGAGCAACAUACGUGAACAGAAAUGAUCACAUUAAAAAGGUGCUACAUGUGGCAUUUUAACAUCUGUGAGUCGUUAAAUUAAUUUAACUGUCCGGCAGUUUCUUCUCUUGUGACAUUUUUGCUUUAAAAAUGACUUAACAUCUAAACCAUUGCUGUUUGAUGAUAGCGCUGAAACCAUUAGUCGGUCCACAGAAAACCAAGCAUCUCUAGCGUUUGCGUUGUAGUCGCAGCCCUAAUGUUAAUUUGCCAACAAACGAUUAUUUUCAUUAUCAAUUUUAAUUGUCUAAAAUACUGAGUAAAUAGCCAAAAUCUUCCUGAGUCUCUUCAGAUGUCUUGUUUUGUCCGGCCAACAGUCAAAAACCCAAAGAUACUCAGUUCGCGAUCAUUUAUAAAUCGAAGAAAUCAAGCAAAUGACCACGUUUGAGAAGCAGGAACCAGUGAAAUCUAGGCUUCUCCUGCGUUUAAAAAAUUUAAACCUAAAACUGAAAUCGUUUGCUUGAUUUUUAUUUUUGGUCAUUAAUCGAUUUUAACUUAUAAAAUCACUUCAGCUCUAGAAAUGUCACAAGGUUGAAUGCGAGAGAAGUUUUAUUUGUGGUGCUCGCCUCUCCGCCGGCCAGUCGAGUUCAAAGUCUGGAGUUCCUGGUGAUUAAAAGGUUAAAUGUGUGACUUUGAGCUCGCUGAAAGCAUCUCGAACAACUUGUUAAUCCUCUUCGUGGAGAGAGAAGUACAGGCAGCGGAGGGGUUUAUGGGAAAUGUAGUGUGGAUGUCGAAACACCAGCAGUAAGCGUGCUGCGAGAGUCCAUGAACCAGACUUUUCCAUCAUGUGACGAUAAUAUAUCGAUGUUAAAGAUGCUGCGUGUGGCACCUUUUUUUUUUUUAUAUAUAAUAAACUGUUGGAUGUUAAGCACCAAUGAAUGUCUGUCACAUCUUCCUGUGAUCUCAUUUUUUAAUCACCUGACACCAUUUCCUCAUGUUUUUGUCUUUAUUUUUCCUCCUUCAAACAAAAAAAUCCCCCAGAUCAACUUUAAAACAGGCGUGUCCUCGGCCACGCGUGCAUCUAAAAUGGCCGCCGAGGUGUUUGAGUUGAAUGGGGGAAUUUAGUUUUUUGUUUUUGUGUUGCAUGUGUGAUUUGAUUGAUUGCAGAUCUGCAGCACAAACUCCAGUAACAUUUUUUUGUUUUGUUUCUACAAGCGGUAAACGGCUGGCAGUGUCAGGUACCAUUCCAUUUUAACACUGUAUAUUUAUAAUAAAAGUAAUCUGUUAAUAAAA